AUGGCUUCGAAUGGACAUCUCUGUCUCCAGGGACUCUGUUUUCUGCUCCUCAGCACCCUCGUGGGUACUCGAGAUUUGGAGCUAAGGCUGAGGAAUGGAGGCCACCGCUGUGAGGGGAAAGUGGAGAUGAAGCUCCGAGGAAGUUGGAGGGGCAUAAGAUUUGUGCGUCUGGUUGGAGGAGAUGGACCCUGCUCAGGGCAAGUGGAAGUGAAUCCUAAAGGAGAUUGGGUUCCAGUUUCUCAUGUGAACUUCACAUUUCCCACUGCCCAGGUCAUCUGCCGGGAGCUGGGGUGCGGCAAGGCUGCGUCUGUCCUGGGACACGUGCCCUUCAAAGGGGCUAGCAGACAGGUCUGGGCUGAAGAGUUCCGAUGUAAGGGGCAAGAGUCUAGCCUGUGGUUCUGCCCGAGAGCACCCUGUCCUGGAGGGACUUGCCACCACAGUGGGGCUGUUCAAAUCGUCUGUUCAGAUUAUACAGAAGUCCGGCUCAUGAAAAAUGGCACCUCUCAGUGUGAGGGACAAGUGGAGAUGAAUAUUUCUGGAGACUGGAGACCACUCUGUGCCUCCCACUGGAGUAUGGCCAACGCCAAUGUCGUUUGCCGUCAACUGGGCUGUGGGGUCGCCAUCUCUACCCCAAAAGGAGCAUACUUUGUGGAAGGAGGUGAUGGGAUCUGGAAAGACCGAUUUCACUGCUCAGGGGCUGAGCCCUUCCUGUGGCAUUGCCCCGUGACUGCCCUGGGUGUUCCCGACUGUAAUCGUGGAAACAUGGCCUCUGUGGUCUGCUCAGGACACCAGACCCAGCUGCUGCCCCAGCGCAGUGACUCCCUGUCUGACCCAGCAGCCCCUGCAGCCUUGGAGGAGAGUGCUGCCAACUGCUCAGAGUUCCUGGCCCUCAGGAUGGUGAGCAGGGACCUGAAGUGUGCUGGGUGGCUGGAAGUUUUCUACAACGGGACCUGGGGCAGUGUGUGCCACAGCCCCAUGGAAGCCACGACCUUGUCCAUCAUUUGCAGACAGCUUGGCUGUGGGGACAGCGGGACUCUCAACUCUUCUGUUGCCAUCAGAGAAGGUUCUAGACCCCGGUGGGUGGAUGGAAUCCGGUGUCGGAAAACUGCUACCUCCCUCUGGCAGUGUCCUUCUGAUCCCUGGAAACACAAAUCUUGUUUUCCAAAGGACGAAGCUUACAUCAUAUGUGCAGGAGCCAGACCUGAGAGCUGCCCGGCUGCCGCCCCCUGCACAGACAAAGAGAAGCUCCGACUCAGGGGAGGAGACAGGGUGUGCUCAGGCCGAGUGGAGGUUUGGCACGAAGGCUCCUGGGGCACGGUGUGUGACGACUCCUGGAGCCUGGCAGAGGCCGAGGUGGUGUGUCGGCAGCUGGGCUGUGGCUCCGCCCUGGACGCGCUGGGGGAGGCUGCGUUUGGCCAGGGAAAUGGAAGCAUCUGGCUGGACGACGUGUGGUGCAAGGGCAGCGAGUCCUCCUUGUGGGCCUGUGCUGCGCAGCCCUGGGGGCGGAGCAACUGCAAGCACGAGGAGGACGCAGGAGUCAGGUGCUCAGGUGAAAAGACAAUGGUUCCACUCAGCCCUGGAGGUGCCAGUUCAGGCUCAGCUUCUGUCCCUGGCAUCUUCUCCCUGCCUGGGAUCCUCUGCCUCGUCCUGGGAGCCCUUCUCUUCCUGGUGCUCGUCAUUCUGGGGACUCAGCUGCACCGAUGGAGAGCAGAGGGCAGAGCCUUAUCCAGUUUCGAGGAUGCCCCUGACGAGCCUGUGUACCAGGAGAUCGAUUAUCUCGGGACACUGAGGGAGGAUCUGCUGGGCAGCCCAGGGUCCCUGUCAGACGACUCAGCGAGUAAACUGCCAUAUUACACAGGAGACGCUGAAGACAACGGUGACUAUAAAUCCACUCCAGGUAAAACCCCGGGUCAGGGGGCUGAUGCACCUAGUGACGGCUAUGAUGAUGCUGCAGAGAUGCCAGUUAUGGAGAUGCCCCCCGUCCCGCAGACGAGUGAGGGGGAGCUGCCCCCACAGGAGGAGAACGUGGCCAGGGCCUCUCAGGCAGGCUCUUCUCUGCACUUCCUCAGAGGGGCAGCUGACCCUGGGAAAGGACUGGAUAGCCCUUGGCUGCUCCAGGGACAAGAAGGGGACCCUGGAUAUGACGAUGUUGAACUACGUGCCCCCGGAACAUCUACAGUGGCUUUCCCGUAA